CAGUUAUAAUCCUAUUUAUGAUGCUGAACCUAGAACAGGAAAUUCUUGGAAUAAAGAGUUCUAUACUCCCUGCCUGCAGCAGGUGUGUUGUCAUACCUAGUGAAGGAGUUUCUUGCCAAAGCCAAAGAAGAAUUCCUUAAGAAAUGGGAGAAUCCAUCACAGAACACAUCCAGUCUGGAUCAUUUCGAUCGGCUCAAGACCCUGGGUACCGGCUCUUUUGGGCGAGUGAUGCUUGUGAAGCACAAGGAGUCUGGAAAUUAUUUUGCCAUGAAAAUCCUUGAUAAGCAGAAAGUUGUUAAGCUGAAGCAGAUUGAGCACACCCUCAAUGAAAAACGCAUCCUCCAGGCUGUGAACUUCCCAUUCCUUGUCAGGCUAGAGUAUUCUUUCAAGGAUAAUUCAAAUCUGUACAUGGUGAUGGAAUACAUCCCAGGUGGUGAGAUGUUCUCCCACCUACGACGGAUUGGCAGGUUCAGUGAACCUCAUGCUCGGUUCUAUGCCGCUCAGAUUGUGUUGACUUUUGAGUACCUGCACUCACUAGAUCUUAUCUACCGAGACUUGAAGCCCGAAAAUCUCCUCAUCGACCAGCAGGGCUAUAUUGAGGUCACAGAUUUUGGCUUUGCCAAACGAGUGAAAGGCCGAACAUGGACCCUUUGUGGGACUCCAGAAUAUUUGGCUCCUGAAAUCAUUUUGAGUAAGGGUUAUAACAAAGCAGUGGACUGGUGGGCCCUAGGUGUCCUCAUCUAUGAGAUGGCAGCUGGCUAUCCUCCAUUCUUUGCAGACCAGCCCAUUCAGAUUUAUGAGAAAAUUGUCUCUGGGAAGGUCCGCUUCCCAUCUCACUUCAGCUCAGACCUGAAGGACCUGUUGCGUAACUUGCUACAGGUAGACCUCACCAAACGCUUUGGCAACCUCAAAAAUGGAGUCAACGAUAUCAAGAAUCACAAGUGGUUUGCAACCACCGAUUGGAUUGCCAUCUACCAACGGAAGGUGGAAGCUCCCUUUAUACCAAAGUGCAAAGGACCCGGCGACACAAGUAACUUUGACGACUAUGAGGAAGAGGAGAUCCGGGUGUCCAUCACUGAAAAAUGCGCCAAGGAGUUUUCAGAAUUUUAGGGCCAGCCCCCUUUGCUUUGUGUGCCCAGGAAAAGAAAGGGCUGGAUUUGAUCAGCCCCAAGGGCCAGAGUUCCUUGCCUAUUUGUUAAUUUUGGGAGGUGGGAGCGUGUUGGGGUUCACCUGGAUCUGUUUGGGCAGAAAAGAGAAAAGGGGAGUUCAUUUGAAGCCGUGGAAAAGAGAGUAGCCUGAAUGUCAUCCAUCCACCAUCCACUGCAAGCUAUAAGGUGGCUCCCAGCCACCCUCAGGCAGUUUUUAAAACAAAUUCCCUUCCUGCUCACACUGACUCCAAUCCAUACACAAACCCUAAUUGGACAGUCCCUGUUUUUUUGGUGGCUUUUUAUUUUUAAGGGAAAGGGAAUACUUCGUAAUUCAUCACCAUCUAUAAUGAUUUGGUUCCUGGGGCAUUGCAAAAAAAAAAAGGGGGGGGGAAGGGAAUUGGGGGGAAGGCAGAAAGUAAACACAUCCACACAGCACUUUGGUGUUUAGACCAGCAUUAAACGGGUUAUGACCCAACUGUCUCACCUCCCACUGUGAGACAACCCUGUCCUUUUAUCAAUAGCCCUUUCCUCCCCUCUCCCUUUCCAAGGCUCAUUUUAUUAACUUUAAAGAAAAAGUUUAAAGAAAUAGUUGACUGGCUUAAAAAAAAGGGUUUUAACAGUCUAGGUGGGGGCAAUGCUUUUAUAUGCUCUGUUUCCAGCACAGUUAAAUGAAAUUCAGCAGGAAUUUUAAUUCUGUAAAAACAGCUGGAUUUUAGCAUGAAGAAUAUGUGGUUUCUUUUCUUUUCUUUUCUAUUCUUUUCUUUCUUUCUACACUUGAUUUCUAAUCUUUGUCCCCAAUUUUGGGAAAGAAAGAGGCAAUAAUAUUCACACUUGCAGAAGGGGGACAGUGACUGGCUGCAGCUGGAGCAGGAAUACUAAGAGAAGAAACACUGUUUGAAUGUGUAUUUCCAACCCAUUCUUUUUCCUUCUCUUCAGCUACCCUCACCCCUCCAAAAUGUAUCUCAAGACCAGUUCUACUGUGUCAGGUAACUGCUGGAGUAUUUGUCUGAAUGGAUGAAAAACAAGCAGGAUUUGUGAAAGCUGAGAAUCUAGCUAUUUGUCGUUGUCUGAAGGGGUUUGUCCCCUUUAGUAGCAAUUAAGAUGGGGUAAAAUACAUACCUAGUGGAAGAUGCUGGCAAGACACAUUGGCUGGAUAUGAUUUUCCCUGUUCCAGCCCAAACCUCAGUGUUGGUAACACAUGGAUCUGUAGGUGGACUCUCCAUUGCUCCAAUCCUUAAGAUCUGGUUUUAUGCUAAGAUAACAAGAGAAGGAUGGAAAACCUAACCCUGAUAAUAAAGAUGGUGAGAUUUACAAACAAAAUAGACAAAACCCAUUCACUUGUGCCAUGCUGACAAGGGAGUGACCAGUUUUGGUCUGUAGUUGUGAUUGGAAAUGAGAAGUGGCAUCUGUUUAGAGUCUUUUCUCUGAGAACAGAGAAGCAGUGGGAGUUGGACUCAAAGGAUGGGGGGAAGGCAGCUUGUUUUUUGUCCUAAAUUUUUCUGAUUCUCCCCUUCACCUUUCCAAUGCAAUGCCUCUUUGUAUUCUGUCUUCACCUACCUGACUCCAAAUUCACUCUGUCUAAACUCACAGUUUAAGUUUCUUCUGUUCUCCUUCCAUGGCUGGAGAGCAGAGUGGGCAUCUUUAGAUUGAUAGAUGUAAUCUGCACAGAAGUGCUAUUAGGAUCAGACAAGUUUUAUUUGCCCCCCUGACUUCUCAUCAUCCCUUCCCACCAAGAAGCUCCUCAGUCCCUUCUUUGUCAGGUUGGGGAGGGGAAGACUUAAAGCCAUCUGCUCCCAGUCUUGGAAAAAACAAAAACCACUUCUAUGUAAUCCAACAAAACUUGUUUCACUGAGAAAAAACAAACCCUACUUCCUCUUUAACAGUGUGCUUUGUUGUAAACAUAUUUGAAACUAUUACCAAUAAAGUUUUGUUUAAAAAAAUAAAGUUUAAUUCCUAAAAUUUAGUGUAAGCUGGGAAACAGUGGUAAGGCGUUUGAGUAAUGAUGGUGGGUGCUAAAAGAUGACACAAAAUAAAAAGGUAUGGAAUUUUUAGGAAUUCACAUGAUGCAGUUUCAUUAACCAUUGAUACAGCCUACCCUUUGUUUAAAGCUUUGAAACUGAUUGACAUAACCGAAGGUAUGUGAACUGAAUGCUCUCUGUUUUAAUUUUAAGUUGUCAGUCAAUGAAAAGUAUUAGCUUUUUUGAAAAACUAAUGCAUCUGUUUUAUAAUCACAUAUAUUUUGAAGCUUUUAAAUUAUAUCUGGAGAGUUAAUAAUGGAAGGGUGAAGUUAUCAAAUGGCUGUGAAAUUGACACAUGUCAGUUACCUAAAAUUUAUGUGGACACCCCAGAAUUGUCAAGGUCUUGAAUUUCUAUAUUAGUAUUUCGUACACAGUGUCAUGUUAAUGUGCAUGGAAAGCUCUUCCGCUGCUUGUAUUUUUAAAAAAAACUUACACAAAUCAAAUAAAGGCAUGUAUCUAGU